CACAUACCUGGCAACCCUUUCCGGUUGGCCCACAGUCUGCAAAAUGGCGACUUCCCUGGGCUCCAACACCUACAACAGACAGAAUUGGGAAGACGCGGAUUUUCCCAUUUUGUGUCAGACAUGUUUAGGAGAAAAUCCUUACAUCCGUAUGACCAAGGAAAAAUAUGGGAAAGAAUGCAAGAUUUGUGCUCGGCCCUUUACUGUGUUCCGAUGGUGUCCAGGAACACGAAUGCGUUUCAAGAAGACAGAAGUCUGUCAGACAUGCAGCAAAAUGAAAAAUGUUUGUCAAACAUGUCUGCUGGACCUGGAGUAUGGUUUGCCUAUCCAAGUCCGAGACACCGGACUCUCCAUUAAAGAUGAGGUUCCCAAGUCAGAUGUGAAUAAAGAGUACUACACACAGAACAUGGAGAGAGAGAUAGCCAAUUCCGAUGGCACUCGGCCAGUGGGCCAGCUUGGUAAGGCUACAAGUUCCAGUGAUAUGUUGCUGAAACUGGCUCGGACCACACCAUAUUACAAGAGGAACCGGCCACAUAUCUGCUCCUUCUGGGUGAAGGGAGAGUGUAAGAGAGGGGAGGAAUGUCCCUAUAGGCACGAGAAGCCCACAGAUCCUGAUGACCCACUUGCAGACCAGAACAUAAAGGACCGUUAUUAUGGCAUCAAUGACCCAGUAGCGGACAAGCUACUAAAGCGGGCUUCAACUAUGCCCCGACUGGACCCACCAGAGGACAAAUCCAUCACCACUCUCUACAUUGGGGGGUUGGGAGAUACUGUUACAGAUGGAGACCUCAAGAGUCACUUCUAUCAAUUUGGCGAAAUCCGAACCAUUACCAUAGUCCAGAGGCAGCAGUGCGCAUUCAUCCAGUUUGCCACGCGGCAGUCGGCUGAAAUGGCUGCUGAAAAGUCCUUCAACAAACUCAUUAUUAACGGACGAAGACUCACUGUCAAGUGGGGAAGGUCUCAGGCAGCAAGAGGAAAGGAGGGAAUCAAAGAUGGUGUCAGCGAGAUGGGUACCAGACUUGAUCCUGUGCCUGGACUGCCUGGAGCUCUCCCCCCACCGCCAGCUCUAGAUGAAGAGGCUCCUGCCAACUACUUCAACCUUGACCCCAGCUCCUCUCCUGCUGUCAUGAACAUUGCAUUACCCCCACCUCCAGGCAUCAAUCCACCUCCUCCAGGUUUUGGCCCUCCAAUGUUUCACCCGAUGGGUCCUAUGGCCCCACCUAUGCCCCCUCCAAUGAGCAUGAGACCUCCUGGUCAAAUCCACUACCCCUCUCAGGAUCCUCAGCGCAUGGGAGCUCAUGCUGCACACGGCUCGCGUCACGGCGAUUAGCCGCCAGAGGGAAAUCGUGCUGUGUUAGACCUGGUCAGAUGCUCUCACAUCGAAAACUGGGCCCGAAGGCGACGUCUGUAAGCGAGACAUCGCAUAGAAACCAAUUUUUUUUUUUUUUUUUUGAAUGAUUCACCUUCAGAGCAGUGAAUGAUGUGAACAAGAGCCUUCUGUGUUUGGAGAGGGGACAACCAGGAUCUUACAGAACCCGAAAAGUACCCGAACAGCAUCUGAACAGUGGAGCUGAACGUUUUAAGACUUUAAACUCAAGAGCACACAAGGGUUUAAAAGGCUCCUGUGGUAGGAACCAUCGUGUGUAUAUACAAAAAUGUUUUUCCUUAGGUUAAACUUGUAUUUGUCACAUUGUGCGUAGUGUAACGUAAAGUUGGAUUCUAAGAAAACACCUGUUAAUUUCAGUUGACUUUAUUUUUUUUAUUCUACAUCAUCUGAGUAUCCCACAGCAUAACGACUUACUUUAUCGUAAGAUUUUCUUUGAAUGUUGUUUUCACUUGUCAUUAAAACAACUCACUUUUUUUCCAUC